AUGCUGUAGAUCAACAGGUUCGGGCAAGUUGAGCGGAAAAAGGAGAGACUGCCUGGUGCCGCAGUCCGGGUGCGGAGGAAAGGAACGACCCACAGACCUGGGACUUGAUCCGAACGCGCACGCUACGCCGGGGUCCCAGGCUGGCAAGCACACAUCCGCUUUACGCUCCAGUCCCGCUGCCCCUGCGCCCACCCCAGCGGUCGGGGAUGUACCUUUCCAUCUGUUGCUGCUUUCUUUUAUGGGCCCCUGCCCUGACACUCAAAAACCUCAACUACUCAGUGCCAGAGGAGCAAGGGGCCGGCACUGUGAUAGGCAACAUCGGUAAGGAUGCUCGACUGCAGCCCGGGCUUCCGCCGGCUGAGCGCGGUAGCAGCAGCGGGCGAAGCAAGUCCGGCAGUUACAGGGUUCUGGAGAACUCUGCGCCUCACCUGCUGGACGUGGACGCUGACAGCGGGCUCCUCUACACCAAGCAGCGCAUCGACCGUGAGUCCUUGUGCCGCCACAAUGCCAAGUGCCAGCUGUCCCUAGAGGUGUUCGCUAACGACAAGGAGAUCUGCAUGAUCAAGGUGGAAAUCCAGGAUAUCAACGACAACGCUCCGUCUUUCCCCUCUGACCAGAUCGAGAUGGACAUCUCCGAGAACGCGGCCCCAGGCACCCGCUUCCCCCUGACCAGCGCACACGACCCAGACGCCGGCGAGAACGGGCUCCGCACCUACCUGCUCACACGCGAUGACCACGGCCUCUUUGCAUUGGACGUCAAGUCCCGUGGAGACGGCACCAAGUUCCCAGAACUGGUCAUCCAAAAGGCGUUGGACCGGGAGCAGCAGAACCACCACACUCUGGUGUUGACUGCCCUGGAUGGCGGCGAGCCUCCGCGGUCUGCCACCGUACAGAUCAACGUGAAGGUGAUCGACUCCAACGACAACAGUCCAGUCUUCGAGGCCCCGUCCUACUUGGUAGAACUGCCCGAGAACGCCCCCCUGGGCACCGUGGUCAUUGAUCUAAAUGCCACCGACGCUGAUGAGGGUCCCAACGGGGAAGUGCUGUAUUCUUUCAGCAGCUACGUGCCCGACCGCGUGCGGGAGCUCUUCUCCAUUGAUCCCAAGACCGGUCUGAUCCGUGUAAAGGGCAACCUGGACUAUGAGGAGAAUGGUAUGCUAGAGAUCGACGUGCAGGCCAGAGACCUGGGACCUAACCCAAUUCCUGCCCACUGCAAGGUCACUGUCAAGCUCAUCGACCGCAAUGACAACGCGCCGUCCAUCGGUUUCGUCUCCGUGCGCCAGGGGGCGCUCAGCGAGGCCGCCCCUCCUGGCACUGUGAUCGCCCUGGUUCGGGUCACUGACCGAGACUCAGGCAAGAACGGGCAGCUGCAGUGCCGGGUGCUGGGUGGAGGAGGUACUGGCGGCGGCGGAGGCCUAGGCGGGCCGGGAGGUUCCGUCCCCUUCAAGCUUGAAGAGAACUACGACAACUUCUACACUGUGGUGACUGACCGUCCGCUGGACCGCGAGACCCAAGACGAAUACAAUGUGACAAUCGUGGCACGGGACGGGGGCUCCCCUCCCCUCAACUCCACCAAGUCAUUCGCUGUCAAGAUACUGGACGAGAACGACAACCCUCCUCGGUUCACCAAAGGGCUGUAUGUGCUCCAGGUGCACGAGAACAACAUUCCAGGGGAAUACCUGGGCUCUGUGCUCGCCCAGGAUCCCGACCUGGGCCAAAAUGGGACAGUGUCCUACUCCAUUCUGCCUUCGCACAUCGGCGACGUGUCCAUCUACACCUAUGUGUCCGUGAACCCCACAAACGGGGCCAUAUAUGCCCUGCGCUCCUUUAACUAUGAGCAAACGAAGGCAUUUGAGUUCAAGGUACUGGCUAAGGACUCCGGGGCACCCGCGCACUUAGAGAGCAAUGCCACGGUGAGGGUGACAGUGUUAGAUGUGAACGACAACGCUCCAGUGAUCGUACUUCCCACGCUGCAGAACGACACCGCUGAGCUUCAGGUCCCGCGUAACGCUGGCCUGGGCUACCUGGUAAGCACAGUGCGCGCCCUGGACAGCGACUUUGGAGAGAGCGGGCGCCUCACUUACGAGAUUGUGGACGGCAACGACGACCACCUGUUUGAGAUCGAUCCAUCCAGCGGCGAGAUCCGCACGCUGCACCCUUUCUGGGAGGACGUGACACCUGUGGUGGAGCUGGUGGUGAAAGUGACCGACCAUGGCAAGCCCACCCUGUCAGCGGUGGCCAAGCUCAUCAUUCGCUCUGUGAGCGGCUCUCUACCUGAGGGGGUACCUCGAGUGAAUGGUGAGCAGCACCACUGGGACAUGUCGUUGCCACUCAUAGUGACUCUGAGCACGAUCUCCAUCAUCCUCCUAGCGGCCAUGAUCACCAUCGCUGUGAAGUGCAAGCGCGAAAACAAGGAGAUUCGCACUUACAACUGCCGCAUCGCCGAAUACAGCCACCCGCAGCUGGGCGGGGGGAAAGGCAAGAAGAAGAAGAUCAACAAAAAUGAUAUCAUGCUGGUGCAGAGUGAGGUGGAGGAGAGGAACGCCAUGAACGUCAUGAACGUGGUGAGCAGUCCCUCCCUGGCCACCUCCCCCAUGUACUUCGACUACCAAACCCGCCUGCCCCUCAGCUCACCCCGGUCAGAGGUGAUGUAUCUUAAGCCAGCCUCCAACAACCUGGCUGUCCCUCAGGGGCACGCAGGCUGCCACACCAGCUUCACCGGACAAGGGACUAAUUCAAGCGAGACCCCUGCCACUCGGAUGUCCAUAAUUCAGACAGACAAUUUUCCCGCAGAGCCCAAUUACAUGGGCAGCAGGCAGCAGUUUGUUCAAAGUAGCUCCACGUUUAAGGACCCAGAAAGAGCCAGCCUGAGAGACAGUGGGCACGGGGACAGUGAUCAGGCUGACAGUGACCAAGACACUAACAAAGGCUCCUGCUGUGACAUGUCUGUUAGGGAGGCACUCAAGAUGAAAACUACUUCAACUAAAAGCCAACCACUUGAACAAGCAUUCCCGACUUUGCUUUCCUUUGCUAUCCUCACCCUACACACCAUCACAACUAGACUUCAGUCUGUUGAUCCGCUUCCUCCAGAACCAGAAGAGUGUGUUAAUUGCACAGAUGAAUGCCGAGUGCUUGGUCAUUCUGAUAGGUGUUGGAUGCCGCAGUUCCCUGCAGCCAAUCAGGCUGAAAAUGCAGAUUACCGCACAAAUCUCUUUGUACCCACAGUGGAAGCUAAUGUUGAGACUGAGACUUAUGAAACUGUGAAUCCCACUGGGAAAAAGACUUUUUGUACAUUUGGAAAAGACAAGAGAGAGCACACUAUUCUCAUUGCCAAUGUGAAACCUUAUUUAAAAGCCAAACGUGCCCUGAGCCCUCUCCUCCAAGAGGUCCCCUCAGCAUCAAACAGCCCUACCAAGGCAUGCAUAGAGCCUUGCACCUCCACCAAAGGCUCCCUGGAUGGCUGUGAAGCCAAAUCAGGGGCCCUCGCUGAAGCAAGCAGUUCCUAUCUGCCCACUGACAGUCAGUACCUGUCGCCCAGUAAGCAGCCGAGAGAUCCUCCCUUCAUGGCUACUGAUCAGAUGGCAAGGGUCUUCGCAGAUGUGCACUCCAGAGCCAGCCGGGAUUCCAGCGAGAUGGGAGCUGUGCUGGAGCAGAUUGACCACGCCGGCAGGGAUCUGGGCAGAGAGUCGGUGGACGCAGAGGAAGUCGUGAGAGAGAUUGAUAAGCUCUUGCAGGACUGCCGGGGAAAUGAUCCCGUGGCUGUGAGAAAGUGAGGGGGAAAAGGCAUUGGCGUUUUCUUGUCUCUUCUGUUGAUUUCAAAAUGAUUACUCCUGGUGACAACCGAUUUUACAGGGAUGGAGAAGGACCAAUGCUGCUUUAAGGCUUUUAGUGAACAUCUGAAGUGCCCACAAGUAUGUUCUUUUCACUGCUGUUUCUUUUACAGAAAUAACAAUGGUUUCGAUCAAACUUAUAUUAGGACAGAAUUAAUGAUGUUUAAGGAGAAAAACAGAAAAGAGAGAGAGAGAAGAAAAUGGAGAGAAGAAAAAGGAGGAUGAGGAGGCGAGUUACCUUUUGACAAUCUGUUAGGAAGGUAUGCAGUGUGAGAAUUCAAGUAUUUCUGAUCACUCUAAGACUGUCCUCCGUGAUUUAUGCUGACUUAACUGUUUACCUAUAAACCCCUUACAAAGCAGGGUCAUAUUUCUGAUCUGUGGUGGAUUUCUAGCAGACCUCACAGGCUUCUACAGAAAGUCCUAAAAAGACCUUGCAAGUCCAAGCUACGCCAAACAUUAACACUCAUUUGUGGUAAACAUUUCUGUAUAAAGUUACCUGCCAUGCAUAUAAACACAAAAAGCAUUCCAUAUCAUUAGUCAGAAAGCAAAAACAAACAGAAAAAACAACAACAACAAAAAAAGCCUCUUGGUCAUUUGUAAGACACCUCAUGUCAUAUAAAAGUUAAAUGUAAAAAGGUAUAGUCCAUUUUGUCCUGCACACAUAGACCAAUUCACUUCGUUGAAAAAGAAGAAAAAUUGAAGACUUAAAAAUGCCUAUUUAGCAUUUUAGUGUCCAAUAAAGAUAUAAAUAAUGAUGUGUUUGUUUUAAAUUUAACAUAGAACAGUUCUGAAAUAUAGUUACCAUUGAAUGGUAAUUCAUAGUGAAAUUAAGAUGAUUAAAAUGUUUUACUCAUUUUUGGACACUAAAAUAGCUCAGGAAAGUGAAAAUGUCUUAGAUAUACACAAAUCAUGUGACCAUUUAAAUGUGCAGAUGUAAGAAGAUUCAAUGUGUUUACAUCAAAUGACAUAUUUUUAUUGAUUUAUUGCAAACUCCGUGCAUAUGAGCCAAAUUGUUGAGUGUAUAAGAGCUAUAUUGUGUAUUUUAUUAAAUUAAUAUAUAGUUGUGUUGCAAAAAUAUUUGGGCUUAUAUUGUAAAUGGCAAGCGUUGCCUCGGUAGCUGUCGAACUCUAUGAGUUUUGUUUUUCCUGCUUCCUUUUCCCCAUGGACUGUGGGAAGCAGUGCCUCAGAGCAAAGUCUCUUGUUUAAUGUAUAGUCUACCAAGUACUACAGUACAUAAUCUGUUCAAAAUGUGUUUGAGUGAGCCGAUGGAGCUAACUGAAAGGUCAAAAAAAAAUUUGUCAGUCAUGGUUCUGUGCAAGUCCUUGUAGAAGCUUUGAUUAAAGUCAUGCUAUAUCACAAGAAUUGCAUUUGUACCAAUACCUGAAACUUCUUCACGUUGUUUUCAAGAACAUGAAGCGUCUGCCUAUGUAGAUAUCAUAACGUUGGUUGGUUCUCGAAAGUUUCUUCUGUGGUUCAGAUGUGUUCCAUCAUAUGACUAAAACAUGGCAAAUGCUUUAAUGCAUGUGUGGUACCAGCACUGGUUACUCGCAUUGUGUAGUGUUUUUCAAGAGGUCUGGGUCUUAACAAAAUCUGUUUCACUUUAUCUCAGUGCUCUUUUGACUCUUUUUAUUGGUGUCCUUUGAUAACAGUACCCUUCUAUUCCAUCAUUUGGUUGUACCUUGUCACAUUUAACAACCCAACUUACUUAUAUAUGAGGCUAAGAUACCUCCAACUUCAGGAAUUGAGAAAAAAUAAAAUUAGCACUCACAGAAGUAGUAGCAGAUGGGGAAAUGCCUUGAUUGACAUUUUCCUUUAGCAUUUAAAUUUUUUUUUUGGCAUUUUGCAGCUUCAUGGCAAACAGUUUUGAGACCAUACCUUGGAAAAUGUGGUGCUGAGUUAAAUAAAGGCUGUUUGUGCACUGGAGCAGAAAAAUGAAUUAUUUGCAAACUGGUAGAAAAUUCUGUGCCUUCUUUUCUGGCCACCAAGCCAGUGUAGAAACAGCAUAAAUGUCAUAAAAAUCCUUAUAUUAAAAACAAAAGGAAAAGCAAAAACAAACAUUCAACUAAAUUUUUUUUUUGUAAUUGAAAAAAUUCUUAUGAAAACAUUUCCAUCAAAUGCUGUGAAAGUUUUAGACUGCCCCUCACUUGCAAAAUUGCUUUGGGAGGAAAGUGUGGAAGACGCCCAUCAGCCUUAUUCUCUUGAGAAGUGUAUUUUGGCACUUAGUAGUAACAGCCUUUCCAAAGUUCUACUCUUGCUUUUUCAAUUCAUACAUGUUUAAACUAGAAAAGAAGGUAUCUUGUACAUGAGAAAUUUAAUUGACUCUCUAUAUUUUGGACACUUUAUGUAUCUAAAGUGUGUUGUCUCUUUUACAUGAUGUUAUUUUUUUUUUGGCCAGGAGACUACAGAUUGAUUUAGAGUGAUAGCUGAAAGUUGAUGGAAAACUGUUCCCGUUUUAGUCUUAUAAAGCUUUGCCUCUCUCACUAUACAGAUAGCUGCUUAGUGAAAUCUGAAGCAGUGUGUAAAUGAAUUCACCAUGGAGAGUAGGGUUUAUUUUUAAAACAUUCCUAAUGCUAAGUAACCUGUUGUUAAAUUCAUUGUUAAGUGUCCCAAGAUAUUGAAACACCAUGCCAGUCAGAAUUGGUUGUGCCAACAUGUGAGAGACUGGAUGUAGGCUGUCACCAGUGAUUUACUAGCAUUAGCUGUUUAACUCAUUAUCUGUAUUUAGUAGUGAUUAUUUAUAAGUUGGUGGUAAUUCAGUAGUCAGGACUCUAAGCUUUUAUAGUUAAGGGAAUCUCACUUAUAUUCAUCUCCCUGGGACCAGCCUUUAUCACAGACCUCUGGUGCUUGGCUUCCAAGGAAGUUUUUGAGAUGCCAAAAUCACACCUUCAGGGGACAAUGGCUCUUAUGGGUACUGCUUAAUUAGCAAGCAGUGAAAGGGUUUCCAUAAUUUGGAAUGCUUUAAAAUGUCUUAAUAUUACAUUAUUCAAUUACUAACCACUCAAAGUAAGUGCAAGCACACACACACACAAACACACACACAUAUACACACACAGACUAUGAGAGAGAGAGAGAGAGAGAGAGAGAGAGAGACUGAAAAUAAUCAUAUUGCUUUGUUUUUGAAGUCUGUAGACCCAGUCAAACACAGGAAAGUCAUAUUUGUUGAAAUUUUAGAAAGAACCUCGAAAUUCUAAAAAAAUAUUUAAUGGGGAACUAAAAGGAAGACAUCAGUAAUUAAAUCUUUUCAUCAGAUGAUAAUGAUGAACAUGUUUUCAUUAAAGUUAAAAGAAGUAAGAAUCAGUGUUACAAAUAUACCAAAGUAAACAUUAAAGAGGCAUAUCUUAUAUAACCUCAUAGAAUGCUUUCAUGUUUUUUAACCUGACACACUUAUCUUUAUUGCAAGCAACACAUAAGACCCCUGUUCCACGUAUUAGUCGAAUUACUGGGUAAGAAAUUAACUGUUCCUUCCCUGACUUAGCAGAACUCUUGUAAAACAUGACUUCCUUUUAAAGGAUCUAGACAAAGUCACUGUUCAAAAAAAAGCACCAUAAAACAGUCAUUUAGUAAUAAGCAAUAUGCUUUAUUAAAACCAGGUUAAAAGCUGUUUGUUGCCUAAUAGAGUACAUGUUGCUAAGGUCAACAAAUAGACUGAAGCCUGGCAUAAUACAUGCCCACUCAUUAUUGUCUAAUUAUAUUCUUUUGACAAGAGACAACAUUUAUCAGAGCAUUAAUUCCAUGAGAGUUUUAGAUACCAAGAUGUGUUGAUUGGAAACAUAAUUGAAUGAGAACUGAUAAAGUUUGACUCUCCUGGCCCCAGUGUUUUGCAAGAUAGCUAUGCCCAUUUAUCUGCUCCAUCACUUCAUAAGGUUCUUUGCGUCACCAAGUGAUUGGUGAACAAGGAAAACAACAACAAAAGCAGUGUACAUUGUAUGAAUUUAUCUCAACACUAUUGUUUAAUGGCUGUGUUUCAUGUGAUCUGUCUGGAAAAUGAGGACUCCGAAUAAAAAGCUAUUACUAAUA